CUGAAAUCGUAUUCAUAUUCCCCCCCAUCCAGAAACGCGUACGUUUGGCUCUCGACAGAGAACCGCGGGACGAACGUUGCAACUUCUUCUCUUUCAAUCAUCGUAUCCAUCUAACGGUACGACCGUCAAAGACGGCCGUGGUCGCGAAGAGAGCCAGUGGUUCAUCCAUUCAGUAGUAUUCAGUUAGUAGUAGCACCAAGAACCAAGAAGUGUUCCUGGGCGGUAGUUUUUGUCCAUAGCGACUUUGCAAGUUGGUACGAAAGGUACCUCGCGCGUUAUCACGUUCUUCUCGACAGUUUCCGAGGCGGUUUUAGCGUUCGGUCGUAAGUAACGUUGACAUUGAUGCGUUUCGGAUUUUCGUGAAAUUUUGCGAUUUUUUUUUUGAAACGAGAACCCGCUGAACAUCAGAAAACCAUCCAGCUUCAAGAACUGAUAGAUACAUCCGUUCAAAUAUCUAGAUAGACCAAAAUGUUCCUCAACAUGAAAACCAUAUUACUACUGAUGUUGGCCAUAGCCUACACUAUCGCAGAUGAAGAGGACGCGGAGAGUGAAGUGGUCGAAAUUCCUGAAAAACCUAUCGGAAUGGCUAGUGCUCUGGACGAUUGUGAUCCGGAGAUGAUAGGGUUCGAAUUGAUCACAGGAAACGUAUUCUCUGCACCAGCCAACGUCCUAGAUUCCAUACCCGGCACCCUUAUGCUGACAGAUUGUCUCGAAACUUGUCAAGGAAAUGACAGCUGUCAAUCUGUCAACUACGAAACUGGACUUUGCGUUCUGUUCAAUUCCAACGCGGACAUCUUACCAGGAGCAUUGACAAGAUCCCAGUUCCCUGUAUUCACAAUUUACGCGCAGAAAAGCUGCCUGGGAAUCAAACCAUGCGAGAGGGCUUGGUGCAUCGACAGAGUUCAGAACCACAAGUUGACCGGCUACACCAAGAGCAAGCAACAGGUUUCCUCGCGUCAGGAAUGUCUGGAGUUGUGUCUAGGAGAGAACGAAUUUUCAUGCAGGUCUGCCAACUACAAUAACGCAACAGGUGACUGCGAGCUCUCGAACAUGGACAGGAUCACUCUGGCCGGUACCAACGCCUUCCAGGCCGCCGACGGAAUCGACUACAUAGAGAACAACUGCGUGGACGAGCCCACCAAACUCUGCGAAUUCAAGAAACUGAACGGCAGGAUCCUUAAGACGGUCGACUCCGUGUACCAGGACGUCGGAUCGGUUGACGAGUGCAGGGAAUUGUGCUUGAACUCACCUUACAGAUGCCACUCAUACGACUACGGUGACACUGGCGAGAUGGUCUGCAGGUUGAGCCACCACUCCAGGGCCACUUUGACCGACAUUCAGGAUCCCUAUUUGGAAGUCCCGGAAGCCGCCACUUACGAGCUGAGCUCUUGCUACAACGUGAGCAUCGACUGCAGGUCCGGGGACAUGGUGGCCAGGAUCCAGACCAGCAAACUGUUCGACGGCAAGAUCUACGCCAAGGGCAGCCCGAACUCCUGCGUGAAAGACGUCAACAACAGCCUGGAGUUCGAGCUCAGCAUGGCCUACGACAACCUCGAGUGCAACGUGAGGAAGAACGGUCUUGGAAGAUACAUCAACGACGUCGUCAUCCAGCACCACGACAAGAUCGUAACCAGCUCCGAUUUGGGCCUGGCCGUCACCUGUCAAUACGACCUGACCAACAAGAGCGUCACCAACGAAUUCGACCUUGGCGUGAAGGGAGACAUCACACCGGCGCUUUCCGAAGAGGUCACCGUGGACUCGCCCAACGUAGCCAUGAAGAUCACCGACAGGAAUGGCGGAGAUGUCAUGCCGUCCGCUGAGGUUGGUGACCCGCUUGCUUUGAGGUUCGAAAUCAUCGACAAGAACAGCCCCUACGAGAUCUUCGUCAGGGAGUUGGUGGCCAUGGACGGCGUGGACUCGAGCGAAAUCGUACUUAUCGAUUCUGACGGUUGCCCUACUGACCAUUUCAUCAUGGGACCUAUUUACAAGUCCGCCCAGACUGGCAAGAUUCUCCUCUCGCAUUUCGACGCCUUCAAGUUCCCGUCUUCAGAGGUUGUUCAGUUCCGCGCUUUGGUAACGCCCUGCAUGCCGACCUGCGAACCAGUUCAAUGUGAUCAAGAAGAGAGCACCGGAGACCUUAGAUCCGUCAUCUCGUACGGCAAGCGCAGGAGGCGUCGUUCCACGGACGCCCAGGACGAUCUCCUCCUAGUCCAGAGCAUCCAGAUCAAGGACAAGUUCGGAUUCGAGCGCGACAACAACUCCGCCCUCCUCAACGAGGCCGUCUUCUUGCCGAACGAGGCCGGCGUCUGCAUCAACAUGGCCGGUUUGUUGGUGGCGUGCGCCGUCUUUCUAGCAGCUCAGAUGUCCCUCAUCGCCGCCUGGACCUUCGUCUGGCAGAAGAGACGAUCCAGCUCCAAACUGUCCGGUCACGACAACGUGUCGGUCACCAUGUCCAUUCCUCCGUCAGCCAUGAGCUCCAGCAGAACCGACAGUCUGUGCAAGCUUUACGACAGCGGAUACAGUCAUCCGCGUAGAUUUUAGGGUAUACAAGUGAUUUUUUGGUGAUGCGGACGGACUUCGGUGAAACGUUCGGCUCGUAUCAAAGACUUCCCGCAUGUUUCUUGGAAAAUGUUGUUCUUCAAUGUGGCCAACCCGCUGUUUGUCCGUCUCGGCACACCAGCGGCAAUCCGGACAACUGACACUCAAAAUUUUCGCCUAAUAAGAUGGUUGCUACGCAAGAACGCCUUAACGCUUUCGCUAAUCAUUUCCACAACUACUCAUUUCAACAUACACCAAUGCACCACGAUGUUUUUCCGAAGUAAUCAUCGUCACAACACUCUUAACAGUCGAUUAUUCCUAAGACGUCUCGGCUGUGCGUUGUUGGCAACCCUGAACUCCGAGGACCCUGCUGACCUAAAAGCCGGCUCGCCAACCCGAGCGUAGCGAUUCAUUCGCUAACUCACUUCGACACCUCACAUUUUCCCAUAUCAUAUUGCAAGGUGGAUCGUUAGCCUCCAUCCAGUUAGUGCCACAUCUUGAAAGGUUACGAGGGAACGGCAUCGUGGAAGAUUACAGUUGUUUUUAAAGUCGCAAAUGCAUAACUGUAAAGCCGAGACUCGGUCGCAUCAUAUAAUAAACAUGCACCACGCCACGCUGUCAAGGUUAGGACUGUCGGAAGUUGUCACAGCUCCGACAUACAAUAUGUGCACAGAAAUGCGCCAAAUAUGGAACAUAGAGGACGGACACGAAUGGCGUUUUUAGGCGGCGCGUUCGCGGCUGAAGAUAAAAAGCGCGAUUGCACGUAUACGUACUCUCGGAAUGGCGUUUAUCAAUAUCUAGGAAUGUGUAGCAUCCAUUUUCAUCGUUCGAAAAAACCCUAGGAUCAUUUUAUCGUUGCAAUUAAUCAUUUCGUAUGUAUACCCGAGGAUGUAAGCUAUAAUUCCUUUAUACCGCAAUAUCUUUAAUUAAAUAAUUAACUGAUUAGAAAUCGAUCGAUUGGAUGUAAUUGAUCGAUGUCCCCUAUAUGUGUCGCAUACGACGUUUUAUGAUUAAAUACUCGUAUUAGAUUAGACAGAUCAUUUUUAGCUUUUAAGGUAACGUUACUGCAAUGUCGAUCGAAUCGAUCCUAAUCAAUUAACAAGACACGUUCUGAAACCAGUGCAAGUGAGAAAUAUCAAUAGACAUAAGGAAAGACAUGAUCUGCUUCUUCUAAUUCAUGAAACUUUCAGCGGAACCGAUCUGAGAUCCAGAUCACGUUUCGAAUUAGAAGGAUAAAUUAGCAGUUCCUGAACGCACCCCACUAUUCAUAGAACUUUGUGACGUUCACACUGUCGCCAACAUUAUUUUGUAAGUCAAAAUAUCGUUGGCGUUUUUCUCGUGCAGCCCUCGACAUUGUGCCAAAUUUAAGGGUGGUAUUUCUUGUUUUCAGUCGUUUUCAGGAUGGCUCACGUGCAAAUUCCUUACUAACGCGUUCGUUUAAGCUUUCGGUUUAUGGUUUUUAUUAGAUUAGAGACACAGAUCGAUCAUCUAACAUUGUGGCGUUACGAAAACUGGUUCGAACGGAUUCUAGGACGAUCAUGCACGAAUGUAAAAAAAAAUAUUUUCUACUCUUAUUGUGUAGAGUGCGAGUAUCUGCGAGAAUGAAUGAGUAUUUAAAGAGCUUGUCCUGGUCUCCUUUGAACCCGAGUGGUCGGUUUUGUAAUUUUUAGAUGUAAUGGAUGUAGUUCUUCGCAAAACCGACCACCGGUAAACGCAUUAAAAAAUAACAAAAUACCAUACUUCCUUUUUAUUAUAGCUAUUUUGAAUUUUUCAGUUUAUUUUAUUCUUUUAUUAUAUUCAGUGAUGAAUUCUAACCUUUUAUUUACUUAACUUAUGAAAUUAAUAAAUCUUCGAAAAUAA